CACACGUGCCAUAUAUAAAUCGCCAUAUUGUCGCUUUUUAUUACUCAGUUCUCCCGCAUUUAUCAAUUGUGUUCGUAGCAAAGCAAAUCAUCAACAAUCUAAGAAUAAAGUUUCCAGAAUAUUCUAAAGCUAAAUAAACGUCAGCAUCAAGAAUACUCAAAGCAGUUCAGUAUUCACUAGUGCAGAAAAUCAGUGAAGUGAUUCAAAGUCGUUGUUGUGUGCUUUACCAAAGCGCAUAAAAUUCUGCUAAAAGCCUUUGGGCUGUGUUUUCUUGUUAAGUGUUAAAAACCACGCCCAAAAAUAGGCCUGUCAGAUACAGCUGUUAUGGACAUGGUGAUCACAAAUUUACAGCAGCAACGUCAAGUGACUGAACAGCUUCGACGGGAAGCCGCAAUCAAGCGGAUUAACGUCAGCAAAGCAGUUGAGGACAUCAUGAAAUACAUCACAGAGCAUGAACAAGAGGAUUGCCUACUUGUUGGAUUCUCAUCGCAAAAAUCCAAUCCAUUUCGCGAGAAAAGUUCUUGUAUUAUUCUCUAACGAUGUCUGUAACACCUGCUUCUUUUUUGGAGUAUAACUCCAAAUCUCAUGAAUAAUGUCGUCACCAUUCUACUUAUGAGAGCCAAAAAAUUCGUUUAGUAUCAAACUUUUAAAACUUUAAGUUCUAUUUUAGUCUUUAAGGCGUAUCUAUUUAUUUAUCUUUAUUUUUACGUCUGAUAUAUUACUCAGUUUUAUCAUUUAUCCACUAUCUAUCAUCUUUUCUUGUGAUUUAAUAGUUAUUAUAAAUUAUAAUCCAUGUCUUCUAAGAGAGAUACUGAUGGAAAAAAGUUGUAAUGAUACCUAAGAAAUAUGUAUAUUCUAAAUAUUAAUGAAUAUAAACGUUAAAUUCACCAUACAUUGAAAUAUACUAACCUGUUGCAGAAGCUCUUGUAAUGCUCUGUAAAUUUUGGAGUUUAUUUGAAGAGUUAAAAAGGCUUAUUGAUAUAUAUUCAAACAAAGUACUUGAACGACAGAAACAAGUUGUAAACUGUUAACAAAACUAGGAAUUAUAUGAUUGUCAUAUUUCAAAUACUGUAAUCAACACUUUGUGCUUUUAUAAUGUCAAUUUGUUUACACGAUUUUUACAGAAAAUGAAUUAUUUUUCAAUUUAUUGUAAAACAAAAACAACAAAUAAUUAUAAAAGAUGGUUAUAGGUAUUUUAAAGAGCUUUUGUAACAAUUAACUAUCUCGAUUAUAUAAUAUCUAUGCUGAUUGGAAUUGAAUGUAGCUUAAUCCUGCAUUGAGUGCGGCAAUAAUCAACUACAUAUACAUUUGUCUAAAUAAAGCUUAUCUUUUCGAUAACUAUUUGAUGUAAAUCAAUGUAAUUAUUGAUAUAAAUGUAAUGUCAUAAAACUAUAUAAUGUUAUUAAUGAAAGUUAACAGAAGAAUAAUGUUCAAAGUAAAUCUCCGUACAAUAGUAAUUGAUAUUGAUUCAUAUUUUUCUAAAGAAAGCACACAUUUCUAUUAUGAUCAAAAGUGUAUUCAACCAAAUUUAAGACUGAUUACAUCUGACUCAAAUGUGCACAACAAUCAAACCGCAUUCUAUUUCAGAUUAUACUUAUCUCGAUGUAUUUUCCAAUUGAUUAUAGAAAACCAAUUAUUGAAUGAAAUGUUUUAACUAAACGUUGAAAUUGAAUAAAAAGCUAAAUAUGUAAUAUCAUA